UUUAGUUUACGUACUCUUGUUGGCUUCAUUUUCAUUGCUUGUUUUUUUUACUUUUGUAUAAAUAUUUUGUACCUAUUUGUGAAUUCGUGAAUAAUUUUUAUUACUGAAAUUAUAAAUCUUAUAAUAUAAUGGCCGCACAAAAUGUUAAUGUCUGUGAUAUCGGGGAAACAGUAAAGGAGACAUUGAAGAAAUUUCGUUUCCAAAAACACACAUCGAACCGUGCCCUGAUACUAAAGGUGAACAGAGAAAAACAGAUGCUGGAGGUGGACGAGGAGCUGGAGGAUGUGCAGCUGGAGGAGCUGCAGGAUGUGUUGCCGUCACACCAGCCACGGUUCAUCGCGUAUAGCUACAAAAUGGAACACAGUGACGGACGGACAUCAUUUCCUCUCUGCUUCAUCUACUACACUCCUCGGGAUGCCCAUAUGGAGUUACAGGUAAUGUAUGCGGGCACGCAACGCGCCUUAGCAAAUGAAAUUGGCGGGAAAAUGUUGGAAGUGAGGGAGAUAGACGAACUGACAGACGACUGGCUCAACGAGAAGCUGCGGAAGUAAACAGAGGGCGCUACUGUGGUGAGGAAUAUGGCCGAUUGCGUAUACUUUAUUUUUGCGAAAGUGAAAAUUUUGUAAACAUUUUACAUAUAGACCCUUAUUUAGACAUUUAUGAAGUUAACGAUAACUUUAAACCUGUUUGAGGAGAAGAGAAUGAGUCAAUAUGUAUAGUAUAUUUUAAUUUAAUAUUACAGUGUGACUUUUUAUACAAUGGCAAUAUUUUGCCUACACGCUCAGUCCAUGAUUCUGGACAAAUUUUAGUAUGGGAGUAACUGUACUUCUAUACAAAAUUAAAUACCUAAAUUGUGGAAAAUGUAUGGAUCAGCUAAUUUCAAGGUCGCUUCCAUACGAAAAGUUGUUCAGUGCCAUCGACUGAGCGUGUAGAUAGAAUAAUGCCAAUGUAUAAGAAAUUACACUGUAUAAAUUGUGUGUCUCUCUCUCUUUUGUAUAUUUUGACAUAAGAGCGGUGUAUACUCAUCGAGCCAGGGGAUAAUAAAGACAAAUGAACAACAGAAUCGCAUUCCUAUCGGGCCGCGCGAGAACUGAGUAGUUAUAAUUAAUUUGAGCGUGUUUGACCUAAAUCUAACACGAUGAGAACCAGUAAUGAGAAUAUUACGAGCUCAAAAAAUACUUAUUUACUCACUAUCAAAACCUGCUUUACAACGUGGCCAAACAGUUCGCCAAACUUUGGCGGAUUCUGUAUACAUUGCUGGUUUUUCAUUGCGGUAAACAAAAGCGCUCAUACUAACUGCGCAAUGUUCACGCAUUCGCGUCGGCGUGUGUCCGAGUUCGGCGACAGCGUGGAGCUGGGAUUAUUGAUCUUUAAAUUGUAAUAAUAAAUCCAUACUAAUAUUAUAAAUGUGUUAUAUAUUAUAAGUCUGUUUGUCUGUCUGUCUGUUCCGCAUUCACGGCUAAACUGCUGGACCAAUUUUGAUAAAAUUUGGUAUGCAUGUAGUUAAAGACCCCAAAUAUAGGCUGCUUUUUAAAUCAAGCCCCAAACGUCAAUAAUGGGAGGUGAAAGUUUGUAUGAAAAUCGUCUUGUUCCGCUUUCGCAGAUAAAUUCACGCGAGCGAAGCCACGGGCAAGAGCUAGUUAUAUAUAAUUAAUUAUAGGAUUCGGGAAAUAUCGAAGCGGCGAGAGAAUUUCAGAUUUUAGCACUUCGCAAUAGAAAGAGGAACCUAAUAAUUUUAUUUUAAAAAAUAGGUAUGUUUAAAGUAUUCGUUAACUUUUACGCAGUUUGGAGGUAUACCGUGACGUCUGUACAUCUGUCAUUGUUAAUCUAAUUGUAUGAAAAAUGUACCUUAACCUAAAAAAAACUGUUUUAAAAAUAAAUUUAAGUACAAAUUGAAAGAAAUAAAAUAAUAUAUAAAUAAAUUGAUAAAAACUUUACGUCUUGCCAGCCAUUUCGAAAAAUUACCACAACAUUAUAAUUUAAAAUAUUAUUGAAGUUGUAACUUUGUGUAACGUCAAAUAAACUUCACCAAAGCUUAUAUUAAUUUAUGUAUAUAAUAUAAGAGUUUAUAUACUAUUUGUAUAUUUUGAGAUAUUUUUGUAGAUUUCUUAAGAAAUGUAAAAAAAUCGGCAAACACGUGGUUAGCAAAAGAGUAUUGUAAACUCCUAGCCCCCACGGGCGCUUUUUCAACGCGCGUAAUAAAAACGUUGUAAAAGAAGCUACGAAUACACUAGGCAACAUUUGACGCGCAACAUAUUAAAUAGCACAUAGUCGAUCUCACUCAUACAAAUCGUAAUGAAAAGGAAAGAACGAUAUGUCGCGUCAAAUGUUCCGUAGUGUAUUCAUGGCUUCAGUUUGAGUCUUUUGACAAUAGGGGUGUAUUUUUAACGCGAUGAUUCUUUUAUCACAUUAUUACGCUGUUCGUUGGUUGAGUGUUGAAUGCGUAGAAAUAGAACUGUAGGCAUCGUCGUCAUAUUUUUCGUUUCGCACAAAAAAAGAGACGCCUAUUAGAAAUAGGUACACGAAAAGAAACGGGACAAAACAUUAAUAUCUUGUCGCUUUGUAUGAAAUAAUCCCGAGAAGUUGUAUGGAAAUGUUUUAUCUCAUUUGGCUACGCUAGCUCGUUGCCUGUAGUUUUAUUUGCCUUUGGUGUCGAAACCGAUAAAAAUACGCCGUUGUCGGUAGCUUUUUAAACGCCCGUGCGGCCGUGUGGUAAAAUAUUAAUAAAAAUAUAGAAUGCUUUUUGUAUUGUGCUGUGUCUAAUAAUAUCGAACUAGUAUAUUUUGUCUGUUGUAAUGUUAAUUAUUAUUGUCUCGCUCUAACACUAUGUUUGAAUGCGAUAGCAAUAUAUAUUAUAAAUGCGAAAAUCUGCCACGCCUUCACGGCUAAACAGCUGGUCCGAUUUUGAUAAAUUUUUAUUUAUUCAAUUAUGUCUUACAUAGAUAUGUUUAAAAUUUUUAAGCGUCUGAUUACAUAGAUAUGUUUAAAAUUUUUGGCAUAGAUAUAGUCAAUGAUCCAAGGUCAAACUUAGGCUACCGCAGGCGGAGCUGCGUGCAACUUAAGGCGAUUUGAAUAAUAUCUAACACCAGUGUUAGCAACACACUCGACAAAAUAUGAAGUUUAAUUUGAGAAAAAAAGCACAACCACGAUUUGAGAAAACUGUUUGGAAAUUCAGAUCAGACCACAGGUAUAUGAACAAUGUAAUUCGUUUAUAUCUGUGGAUCAUACAUGUCGUAUUCUGUUUGUUAGAUAUAGAUAUAAGACGAAAUAUUUUUUGUUAUUGUAUUUUGAUUUACUACAAAGAGAGUGUUCGGAAAAUAUGUUAAGUGAAUAAAAACAAUCUUAUGAUGCAUUUAUAGUUUAUUUUUCUGAAAAUUUGUAUUUACAGUGAUUUUUUUCAUAGCAUUUAUUAUAUAAAAUGUAAAAAGACAAAUAAAAGACUUGAUAAACAUAAAAA